UCCUAAAAGCUCGGGAAGAGUCGGAGAUGCGGUGAAGCGGCUUCAUUUGAGCCCAACUCAGAGGCAUGCGUAAGCGGACCAACUCGCAGACAGCGGAGCAUGACAGCGGGACCACCGGUACUCUGCUGGACAGCGACACGGACCUGAAGCAGCGCACCGGCAGAGAAGCGGCAGGGCCCGCAGCAGGCGGCCGGCAGGGCCCGGGAGCGGACCGGAGCAUGGCCAAACCGUUCCGGAGGUUGGGUCUGGUGGGGAAGCUGAAGAGGGUGGUGUUGUGGCUGCUGCUAGUCUACGUCUCCAUUCCCUUCAUCAUCAAGCUGUGUCCGUCCAUCCAGGCCAAACUCGUCUUCCUCAACUUCGUGAGGAUGCCGUACUUCAUCGACCUGAAGCGACCUCUGGACCAGGGAUUGAACCACACACACAACUUCUACCUGGAACCUGAGAGCGGGCUGAAGAUCGGAGUCUGGUUAGGCUACCACGUGGUCACGUUUGAUUACAGAGGUUGGGGCGAUUCAGAAGGCUCGCCAUCAGAGAGCGGGAUGACAUCAGACGCUCUCUUUAUUUAUGACUGGCUGAAGCGGCGGACAGACAAAACGCUGCCUCUUUACAUCUGGGGACACUCUCUGGGAACAGGAGUGGCAACCAAUGUGGUCAGACGGCUGUGUGACAGAGGAAGUCCUCCUGACGCGCUCAUCUUAGAGUCUCCUUUCACCAACAUCAGAGAGGAGGCCAAGAGUCACCCCUUCUCCAUGGUGUACCGGUACCUGCCCGGCUUUGAUUGGUUCUUCCUGGACGCCAUCACUGCCAACAACAUCCGCUUCACCAGCGAUGAGAACAUGAACCACAUCUCCUGUCCCGUGCUCAUCCUCCACGCCGAGGACGACAGCGUGGUUCCUUUCCACCUCGGUAAGAAGCUCUACUCGCUGGCGUCGCAGUCGAAGAGCCUGAGCGGUCACAAGGUUCAGUUCGUGCCCUUCCCCGCCGCGCUCGCCUACAAGCACAAGUUCAUCUACAGGAGCCCGGAGCUGCCAAACAUCCUCAGUGAUUUCCUGGGCACAGCUCAUCCCGUCGCACAGUGAGGACAGACAGGAAGUACUCGGAUUACUCUCUGCACUCCACGACAGCCGCACCGCCGCGGCUCGUUUUGUCCUCGCAUGACCUCGACACAUCAUUCCUCCUUCUGUUGGCAUUCCUCCCACAGCCGCGCUCGUGUCACAGCACGCAGGGUCGCCACGGCAACCGAUGCUUUUAAAGAGUGGUGGCGUGGAGUUUUUAAUAUUUUUGUGUGAUUGUGUCGAGUUUAUCACUGGAACUUGUCUGAAGGCCUGUUACAACUUGAAUUAAAUAUUAUUUGUUUUAUUUGUC